CCGGUACCUUUACAAGCAAACUUCAUUAAAACUUUUUCCCAGCUUCACCAAACGAUGACGCGUGUGAUUGUGACAUCAGCGAUACAUCAUCUGUGACAUCACAAGGCAGCACGUUUAUGUCGGACACGAUGACAUCAUCGAUGACAUCAUCUUUCACAGUGAGUCGACAUUCAUCGAACGCAGCCGUCCCGUUGACAUCACGGAAACCUCCACCUGCCCCUCCCCAACGUCGCUCCAGUCGACUGACCACGACAUCACGCGACGAGGAAGAAUUACGACAACUACGCACCAACAUUGUGACAUCAUCGCCCCCAUUGUCACCAUUGAGUCCGAAGAGCCCGGGUUCUAAACCAACCAAGCGUGAAAUAUCGAUCGCAGCAGCUGUGGCAGCAAAAGCGCUCACCCGUAACCAUGAGGGGAAACCCCCUAAACCCACAUCACCCAAGGGAGGCGAUAACCAAUCAGCAUUAGCGAUGGCUUUAGCAGCGAAGCAAGCAAGUCUCCACCUAGCGGUCGAUACAACGAGCGGAGUUAAACCAUCGGAUGUCGCUAAAGCGCUCAAGCGUAACGGGGAUAAACAAAGCGAACGGGUGUCACUUCCCCCACCACCCCCAACCCCACCCAGUGAAAGUGGGGGGUUAGGGGGAUUCACCUUACCUCCACCCCCUGACCCACAUGGUCACAUGACCUUUGAUGAUGUCAUCAACUUACCCCCGCCCCCUGAUGAUAUGAUGGGGGAAUACCCAACUUUACCCCCACCCACAAGUUUUGCAGAGGAAAAGGGAAAUACCCCGAAACCCACCAAGACAAAAGGGGACCUUGUGACAUCAUCAGCGCACGAUUCAGGUGUUGAUGAUGUCAUAACACGAACCUCGGCCCUGAAAUCAAUCGAAACGAUUUCCGUUGUUUCAUCAACGUCAAAUAUUUCGUCCGAGGAAGGAUCGGACCCGGGGGUGUCCCUCACCUAUGAUAAAGGGGAAGCCCCCAUCACCCUCACAAAGGUCAACUUUGGGUCAAGUGAGGUCGCGACCCCGGUUGUGUGUGACAUCACAAAGAAGCCGUUACAUGAAUGGGAUGUUGCAGAGGUUGGUCGGUGGUUGGUCGGGAUCGGGUUGGGAACGCACGCCGAGAAGUUUGCCGAGAAUGAGAUCGAUGGGAGCCAUCUUCCCCAAUUGGGGAAAGAUGAGUUAAGCGAGCUCGGGGUAACACGGGUCGGGCAUCGAUUAAAUUUCGAACGAUCGCUUAAGAAACUAUCUUGACGUAUUUAACGUCACAUCUGCAGUAUUGUUUAUAAAUAUGCAAGAAUGAUGUCAUCGAUGAUGUCAUUGAUGACUGAUGAUGUCACUGGGCUUCCAUUUUAAUCAUAAUUAUAUGAUUUCUAUCUCAAUCAAAAUGUUGUUUCUAUGCUUGGUGUUCCAUUGACUUCCAUGUAUGACGUAACAAAUAAAUGUACAAACAAUAU